AUGGUUUUGGCAAGCAUUCCCGAAGACAACAUCGACCAUUUGGCGCCCCCCGCGCCACCUGCGGAGGCGAGCUUACAUGUUCGUUUUGUGUGGUCCUUCGUGCGGCGGGUCUGCCGAUGCUUGCGCUGGCACACUACACUGAAACGUACUUCUUCCAGUGGAAAGCCCGCUGUUUUGGGGAAGCCUGGCCUUCAGAUGCUUUGGGCUUUGCUCGACACUGCUAUUGAGAUGGUACCAUCGGCACGCACACGCUUCUUCCCUGAGCGCAAGCGGCUGGCUCUGUGGGCCAGCGUCUGCUUUGCAGCGAGAUUAGGCGUGGUGUCUGGCAAGAUCGAGGAGCCAAGCUGGCUUUCAGACAGAUACAAGCUGUGGCGUGCACCAGAGGAUGGGGGGCUGGACAGCGAAGGGGCAGCGGCACAGGUGCACAUGAUCCGCUUCGGACUGGAUGAAUGCUGGUCAACAGAUCCUGUCACGAAGCAGCUCAGAUCCAUCCAUGCAGACGACUUGCCCUGGGAGAUCUUGGGAGACACGGCUCCAAGCGCAGCGAACGGCGAAGGCACCGAAAGCGCAGGGCCGACGGCGCCCACGGGAGAGCACCUGCCGGAGGAUGCCAAGACCGAGGACGCCGCAGCUUCGGAUGUUCUGGACCCUGAACAGCCUGGGGACCCGAAGAAGGAAGCACCCAAGACAAUGCAGGCUCUAGAAAGCACCAUGGGCUACUUGGUGCGGAAGGAGUUGGAGCAAAAGAGAAGGCUGGUCAUCACAGGUGGCCUUGGUGCCGGAAAGAGGUCGAUCUCCGUGGGCAUCAUGGCAGAGCUGGUGACCUCACAGGUGUGGCACCAGGAUAUCUUCCGCUUUCCUGUGCGCAUGUCCAUGGCCGAACUGUCGCAGCACGUGACAGCCACCGAUGCUCUGCAGCAGCACUUCGCCUCCUGCCGGCACCUGGCACCGGCCAGUGCCUGGGAGCGGGCCAAAGCACCUCCCUGGCCUGCUCGCUCAGGCCACCAGGUCGUGCGUGAGAAGAAUCGCAUCUUCGUCUUUGGCGGGCAAAGCACAGAGAAGCUGAAGCCGUUGCAGGACGCCUGGGUGUCGCAGGAUAAUGGCCAGACGUGGGAAGAGCUGCCCACGCCUGCGUGGCCAGCACGCAGUGGUCAUCAGGUUGUUUGCUGGGAGGAUAAGCUGAUUCUCCUGGGAGGUGUUGGGGAUGAGGAUCGGCGCCUCCGCGAUGGCUGGCAGUCUUCGGAUCAAGGUGAGACCUGGCAGGAGCUUCCCUGUCCACGGUGGUCUGCUCGAUACGGACACCGGGCAGUGGUGGUGCCUCUGCAAGUGAAGGAGGUGCCCACGCCUCACCUAGUGCUGAUGGGUGGCAAUGCUGCCGGCAACAAGGCCUGCAAGGAUGUUUGGGCCUCGGAUUCGGGUGGCUUCUCUUGGUUUGAGCUGGACCCGCUUCCGUGCAGCCCUCGCUGGAAUUUCGCUUUGACCCAAUUCCGCGACGAGAUCUGGCUAACUGGCGGUGCCGAUGAGCAGCGUUCCUUCAACGAUUGCUGGAUCAUGACCCACGAAGUCUGGCCAAGCAAAUCUGGCGGGGGCGGCACCGGUGGCGGUGGCAGAAGGAAGUCCAACAUGGCAACGACUGCAGUAGCGGAGCCGAAGGAGGAGUCUCCCUGGAAGCACUUCCAGGGAGCCCCGUGGUCUGAGCGAUCACUUCAUCAGGUGAUGCCCUUUCGGGGGCAGCUGGCUAUCUUUGGUGGCGUGACAAGCAGCGGCCAAGUCCUGUCGGAUGCGUGGCUCUCCGAGGACGGUCAAACCUGGGGACAGCUUCCGGAGCAUGCCUGGGCGUUCGCCGCCGAUCGCUUCGGCCAACAGGCCGUCCAGUUGGAGGACAGUCGUGUGCUGGUGACUGGUGGCACCGGUGGUGGCCGAGACGUCUUCAGAUCCAGGUUGUUUGCCUUGGCGCUUGAGGGCAUCGACGAGGGCCUCAAAGACACGGAGGCGGUGGCGUACUUGGAUAGGCUUAUCGAGCACGAACCCGGGCAUUUGAUCCUGGGAGUGAGCUCCUUGCUGGAGCUGGGCGAUGCACCCGUGAGACCAGGCGCUGAUGAUGAAGCUCAAGAUGAGCCACCGGAGGAUUCAGUCGACGCCUGCUUCAGGAGGUGGGGAUUUGCGGAGCUGCGGGUGAAGCCUCUGGAGAUCAGCCACCUUCAGACCUUGUGCCGCCAGUGGACAGGGAACAUGCCGGAGCUCCGUGAGCAGGUGGAGGCUGAGAUGAUCCAGCCGGACAAUUUCGACCUCGUGAACAGCCCGCUCACGGCCAUCACCGUGCUGAGGGACCUGGUCCCGAGAUCCCCGUCCGACAGGAAGCAGAAGUUGACACGCUGCCAGCUCUACGAGCAGAUGUUUAAGCGCGUCUUUCAGAGCUACCAAGCCCUGAAAUCCCACGACAGCAAAGCUUUCGCCGAGCUGCACAAGCAGGGUGUGACGGUUGCAGUGGCCGAGCUCGCCUACGAAGGCCUAGGCCGCAACAGCCGGGCGAUCAAGGCGCACGAGCUGGCCUCCUUCGUUGCCUCGCUGAACGUCAAGGAGUUGGUGGAGCCCAUGGAGAAGCUAAUGAAGCUAGCGCAAUCUGGACAAUUGCUUCUCCUGGAGGAGAAGGACGGUGGCCUUCGAUUCCGCUACCCCUCCAUGCAGGAUUUUCUGGCGGCGCAGUGUGCCUGGCAGCGCCUUUUGGAGGGCAAGGGCUUGCCUACAUGGCUGGUGCAGGAGAACGCUGCUGGGAACGUUUCCGAAGCUGUGACGAGCUGCGCCAAGUUCUUUUGCCUCCAGGCAGAGGGCAAAGAGCCGUUGAAGAAAGAGCUUCUGCUCGAGCUCCGGGAAGGGCUGACCUUCCUCCUGCAGACCAUGUGCAAGGCCGGAAAUGCCCUUGCCAUCCGAUGCCUGCUCGGAGUGGCUGCCGCGGGUGCCCGGCAACAACUGAUGGCGAUGCACUCGCCCUCCGGUGUGAACCAAACUGGCCUCCACUUUGCAGCUGUGCAUGGGCACAAGGAAGUGGUUGACAUGCUCCUGGAGUUAGCACCGGAGCCAAUGCAGCUUUGCCAGGCAGUCAACGCCGAUGGCAUGGCACCACUGCAUUGUGCAGCGAGGGACGGCCACGAGACCACCGCGCGAGCUCUAUUGAAACGAUCUUCGAACGGCUUGGCCUUGCUGCAGAUGCCGCAGAAGAACAGCUCUACACUCCGGCCACUGCACCUCGCCGCAAAACACGGCCACGUGGCUGUCGUGAAGUGCUUCCUCGAGUAUGCACCAAAUCCGACAGCUCUCUGCGUUGAGUCCAACAGUGCGGGCAACACGGCCUUGCAUUUCGCAGCAGCAGGAGGACACACGGUGUGCGUGCAAGCCAUCUUGACCCAUGCCGGGCCCCCGGUUGCCCUGCCAGAUCGAGCCCUCCUGCUGCUGACGGCUGUAAAUAGAUUUGACCGGCAGACUGCCCUUCAUGUCGCGGCUGAUAAAGGGGAGAAUGCAGUCGUCGAGCUGCUCCUGCAGCUGGCGCCGGACAAGGCCGCGCUGCUGGCUAU